AUGUUCAAUUCUGCAAACAAAGCUUCUGGAAUUAUUCAGCACUGCGGAACGUUCAACUAUUCAAACCACUCCGAUGCAGCAAUUGCUACUUACGCUGCACGAUCAACCGGGGAAGCACCAGCAGCACGAACGCUUGCUGCUGCAGUAGCAACCGCUGCCGGCUAUGCCACCUUCCCCAAGAAAGAUUUCGGAGCCUAUGGUGCUUCCCCGCUAUUGCCACCAGGAACAUCCACCCCUGGUGCAGCACCACGGCACGAGGCUUCGGCGGCCCUCGGAACGCCCUAUAGGGGCCUGCCAUUGACGCAGGUACCGCCACAGAACCCUCGACUGGUCAAUACCCAUAACAGCAGAAGGAGCAGCAGUAGCAUAUCUUGCUGCUGUUGCUGGGCCUACAAUGCGGCAAUAGAAGCACGGAACGCCCCUGCCGAGGUAUACAGGCAGCUCUGCGCGAACCGUGCAGCAAACGUGCAGCGUCUCGAGGCCCUUUGUCAUAUGCAGCAAAAAAGCAGCUGCCGAAGGGAUAGUAGCAGCAGCUGUAUAGUAGCAGCACAUCCUCGAGCACCAACUCCACGGGCGGUGCAGUGCUGCGCCGCUGCUGCAACAGCAGGCGAAUCCGUUGCGUGCCGUGUAUUUUUUCAACCACAGGCAACAGCAUCUGCAGGAGCAGCAUCAGCCGGCAGCCCGACGGCUGCGCCGGUUGGUGCAUUCUUCGCGCUAGAAUCCGACCAGCUUGCCGCUACGUGCCUGGCCCCAUUCGUCUUCACGCAAAGAUGUGCUUCCUCUGCGGCAGCAACAGCAUCUGCAGAAUCAGCAGCAGCCUCUUGUGGCGCGGAUAUAGUGGAAUGGAACCUCUUUGGGUGUCUUUUCUUCCCGGCACCAGGGGAGGGGACUUCCGCCUUACUCAUUGCAGUUGAUUCUGGACGGAGCCCCACUGCUACAGUGCAUGCGUUGCAGCCUCAGCAACGAGAGCCGCACCAGCAACAGCAGCCACGGAGUGCUGCAGCAAGCCGAGCAGGCCAAGAGUUACUGUUGCAACUGUUCCAUCUCUCAAGCCUUCGUGCACAACGCCUCGUAGCCGAAAUACCUUUGGGAGACCUUCCGGCGAUUACACAUUGUUGCUACCUCGCCAGAACGGUCCCUAAACAGUACCAGAAGCAGCAGGAACAGCGGCAGGAUUCUAUUCAGGAGACGAUUGUAGCUGCCUGGGAUGCCACUGCAAAACGCUUUAUAGUUGUCCAGCUGAGGCCUUCUCCCACACUGCCGAAGCAUGAGCCAUCUGCUGUUUCUGUGGAAGUCUCAAACACUUGUGCUGCACCUGUUAGUGCAUCACGAAGCGAAGGAGCAUCUCUGGACGGUCCUUCAGCAACAGCGGAAACAGCAGCAGCGGAGGCCGCCGCUACUACUGCAAGUGCGGGCCUUCCUUUAAGCAGCAAAUGGCGAUUUAUAUCAUUGGACGCCAUUAAUCGCAGCCGCCAAAGACAGCCGGUUAGGAUGCAGUUGGUACAACCCUUUUGUGUCGGAGCCGCACGCACUCAACAGCAGGGAUGCCAGCAGCGGGAGUGUGCGCAUUUGGUGGAGUUGCCAGCGCUGCUGGUCGGUUAUAGCGACGGGGCACUUUCGCUUUUGCAGCUUCCACAAAUGCAGGAAAUACAACUUUUGGGACGAACGAGUGUGUUAUGCAGGGGCUCCGCGUAUUUUUCGGAGUUUGUGGAUGGUCGAGGCCUUUGCCGCUGGGGGGAUAUGCUGCUGCUGCUGCAGAUCGAAUGUCACUGCUGCAGCAGCGGUGCCAGCAGUGACACGGGCAAAGACAAUGGCCUCAAGCUACACGUCUUCCUUUUAGCAGUAUGCGAUAUCCCUGAUCUGAUAGCAGAAGCUAGAGCAAAGGGGGCUUCAAAGACGACUGAUUUCGGUGCUCCUCAUGUGGAUGAUGCUGAGGCCGAGGCUGAGGAUUGCAUGGCAGUUCACAUCGGCUUUUCGCAUACAAGGAGGACCUCUUCAGCGGGUCUAGAGGCACCGGCUCCUGCCGGUGCCGGAGCAGCACCUGAAGAAGCCGGGCCGGAUAGUGUUGAGCCGUCAUACGAAUUGCAACAGCUGACGUUCAAUGGGGAGGAGUCCAUAGUAACCUUCCGGCAUCCCUCCUGCAUUUGCUUCUUGACCGUACACCGCAUUUUGCAGGGUCAUCAGCAGCAACGGCUGCACCAGGAAAAGCUUAGGUGUGGUGUUGCUGGCUUAUGUUUCCGAAAUAUUCGCACAGCGUCCACCAGGGCAGGGGCUUCAUUUAUCGUACCAUACCUUGAUGAGACCGGAUGCACCGCUGCAGAAACGACGUCAGCAUCAACAUCACCGGUGGUGGAAAGAGCUGCAACGGUGAGCUGCUUGCUCAAAUGGAGUACGUUCCCACCUAUGAGCCCUGCAGGUUUAAUAUCUGGCUGGUCUGAUGAAAUGGGUUCAAAGUGUUGGCAGGAAGGGCAGCAUGUACUGCAGCCUACAACAGGGGACAAAUUAGCCUGCCUAGCGUUCAAGACCCGCUUGGCGUGCUACACCCCCCAGCCAGUCAGAUGCGUUGCUUUAGACAAACACCCGAGCGGUCAACGAACCGGGUCUGCUUGGGUGCCCGUCUCUGGUAUCCCCUGCCCGGCUAGUGGGAAGAAAUGGGGAGAGGGAGGUUCAGCAAAUGGCGUUACAGCAAUUGCAUAUAGUGGGCCCAUUCCUUGUUGCUGCUAG